AUGGCAGUGAUUGGGUCACUCGCCACGCUAUCGUUAAUAUCCGUUGUCGCUGCACAGACCGUACAACAUGCGCCACCUGCGAGACCCGCCCAGGGCGUGUCCCAGAUCAUAAGCCCAUCCUUUGCGGGCUUCGGCAUAGAACCUUCGAACCUCUUCUCCUUCACAGGCGGCGCGCAACCGAACGAGCUCACGAAUAAUUUGCUUCAGAACCUGAUAGACUACACCGGUGUGCCACCGCAUAUUCGGUUGGGUGGGAACACGCAGGACUACUUCAAAUGGGACGCGAGCAUGGAUGGAUGGUAUUGGUUGAACAAUCCAAAUCCAGUAGGCCAGGGCGCAUUUCCCACUGAUCAUAUGAUCAUCGGCCCCAGAUAUUUUGAAACACUGGACCGGUUUCCUGCAGGAACACCCAUAACGUUCGGCUUGAACUUGGCAUACACAGAACCUGACUACAUCGACCAGAUCGUGACUAUGGCCACACAGGCAAUGGAGCGGUUGUCGAAUCCUGUGAUCGUCUCGUUCGAAAUUGGCAACGAGCCCGACCUAUACCUGCAGAACGGCUUCCGGACAGGGUCAUGGGGAGGCAAUGUCUAUACAGAACAAUGGCUGGACCGUGCACAAGCCGUUUACGACCAGGUCCUGAAACCGAGAGGCAUUGGCGCCAACUUCUUCGAGCCAGCAGCAACCGCAUCAACUAUCGGGACCUCGUUCGAGAUCGUUCAAUUGGCGAAUUUCAACAUUGACGCCGAUGCUAAUGGCACGCAAACGCCUCUGGUGGCCCAAUGGAAUCAACAUGAUUACUACUACUACAUCGGCGUAUCGACCUACCCGUUGACUGUUUCCCAAUUCACAGAUCUGCGGACCACCAACAACCAAUUCAAGGCUUGGGAGACGCAGAUCGCCCAAGCUGACCAGACACCUUUUGCGUAUGCACUUCGAGAGAUGGGAAUAGUCGGGCCAAUCGGACUGCAUGAGAUCACGGACGUCUACGCAGCAGCACUAUGGAACCUUAAUUUCUUUCUGUACACUGCGGCUAUGAACAUCACGAUGGUUGGCAUGCACAUGACGGAUAACAGCAACGCAAGUGCAUGGCAACCGAUCGAGAUGUACGGCAACGCUCCGUUCGUUCGACCCAAUUACUACUCGUUCGCGGCUUUCGACCAGAUCAUCGGCCCUACCUGCCAGGCACGCGUUGGUGGAUCGGUGGACUUCGAUGCAACAGGCGAUUAUGCGGGACGUUUGGCCAUGUACGAUGUUUACCAAAACGACGAUUUGGCAUCGGUGGUCUUGAUCAACUCGCGACCAGUCAACGGAUCCCAAGGAAACUUCCAGAACAUGACCUUCCAGUUGUCCUUCGACAGAUCACUUGGUGGUCAGACUGUGCAUCUGGCUUAUUUGACAAAUCCAGGAGGCGCUGAUGCCAGCUCGGGAACGACCUGGAACGGCAUCAGCUAUGAGGAGAACGGAGACGGCACGCCGAAAGUUGUCGACGAGACUGAAUAUACGCUAGACAUCCAGAGCGACGGCUCGCUGAACGUACCAGUCAGAGACUCUUCAGCCGUUGUUGUCAAUCUCGGUGGCCCUGUAGGUCAACGAGCGUACAACGCCGAUGCUUGCAGCAGUCUGUCCCGGUCGAGACCCGAGGCGUUGAACCCUGGGAUUAAGACCGGUCAAGGGACAGCUGCCUCCAACAGCGGCAGCAACAGUACGAACGCUAAGAACGCGAACAAUGCUGGCGUGCGAUCAGCGUCUUCAUUACUGGGUGCCUCGAUAAUAGCAUUGUCGAUUGGGGUUGUUCUUCAGUUGGCUUGA